GUUGUGCAAUUAUUUACCGACACCAUGAAGCUGUUUCAGGUUGCAAAUCUGCGCUUUCCCUUUCCGUAUCUCAGACUCCUCUCACCUUGGAAUUUCCUCCUCUGCAGGUAGACUAAUAUUGACUUUAAACUGGCCUAUCAACAGCUGCGAAGGUUGAUCAGCAUCACUGCAUCUAGUCCGCCUGUUUGUAUAGUAGGGCCUAUCUCUCAUUUUGUCAGGCACGUUCAAUUUGUAGCGGAUUCAUCUUUAGCGAGUCGCGACAGAGAGAGAUCGAGGUGCGGUAUCUGCGACUGCCUCCACUCCUCGGGCCGGUAGAGUUGGAGAAAGUGAAAGGAGUGGCCGUGCACCUGUCAGACCAGUUAGGGACACAUGACUGCAGAAUAAUUUGCCUGAGUUGGUGUCCUUUGUCGAGAUACAAGACGGAAAGGAUGUCGGAGCCAGCGACGAAUCCUGCGGCGACAGCAUUCCCAGCGCCGACGAUAUCGUUGCCAUUGGGACUACAAAUAUUGAGGACGUACUCCGGUGCUCUGAUCUGCUUGGAAAUUAUAUUUGGAGGGCUGGUAUGGAUCCUGGUGGCCUCCUCCAACGUGCCCGUGCCCCUGCUACAGGGCUGGGUGAUGUUUGUCUCUCUCACCAUGUUCUUCUGUUCCACCGUGUACCUCCUCCUCUUCCUCCUGGGCUUGGCUGACAGGAUCAACACUGACUGGAACUUUAUGGAUAUGUUCUACCACUUCACAGCACUGCUGUUCUACUUCAGUGCCUUGGUGCUGGAGGCUGCUGUUACAGCUGCCAGAGGGGUCAACAGUACCACUAACAGCUCCAUAUCAGGAUGUAUAACAGCCCCUAGUGGGAAUAUACUCACCUUCCUGGACAACAGACAAUACAGUAUUAACGUGGCAGCUACGAUAUUUGCCUUUGUGGUGACACUCUGCUACGCCUGCAGUUUGUUCAUGGGCUUCAGGAGGUGGAAGAUGUGAUGUGACACAGAAGAAAGAAAACAAAACCGUUACAUUAUUACAGUUCAAACUCCGACCAUACUGUCAAGACAUUGUCACAUUGUCUGUUUAUUACAUGUGUAUAACAACAUUGUUUAAAGAGAAUUUCUGUAUAGUGAUAUUUGCAUCAAGUUUAUAUUUCUUGCUAUGAGAUCAAGACAGAGCACUUUGUUGUAUCUCUCAUGUAAUAAGAGCACAUCAGGAGUUAUGGUUAGGUUACCAGAUGUUGUAUUUCAUAUAUUAGUCCUUGGUUUCUGAGGCCAACAUGUUUUAAUUCUGUGAUCAAUAUUGUAGAUUUUAUUUAUUAGUGUUUGAUUCCUUGUAAAAUAAUUAAACCCUGGAUCAGAAGAAACCUAUAACUGAUUAAAUAACAAUAAUGUGAUGCUAUAGUUAUAUUUUCCCCUUGUAGAAUGUCUAACUUUUUAGACUUUUUAGAGCAACAUGGAAAACUAUGUUAAACAUACUACAUAGCAAAAUUAUCAUAAUAAUCACUUAAUGAAAUUGUGUGACUCCUUUCUGGAAUAUAUAUUUUAUGUAUAUUUUUGUGAUUUCUGAAAUGCAUUUUUACAAAUAAAUAACUUUUCUUACCUUGUU